AUGUCGUCGCCUCGAUCGCCCGCGUCUGCACCGCGCAGCCAGGAUCAUGCCCCGACUGAGUCCGCGUCCGACACCAACCAUGCCCAGGGCACUGGAACAGCCCCAGUGUCUACCACGGCCACGUUGUCCGUGGGUAAAGCCACCGGCGGCGAAGCGGCAGCGCCUCCGGCCACCUCCGGGGAUAACGGCGCUGCGGUCGACGUCAUCGUCGUCGACGAUGCAGCAGCGUCUCCAGUCGCACCCUCGGCUUCGCCGUCACGGUCCAGCACGCGGAUCGCGUCCCGGGCGGCGGCGGCGCGAACGAAAUCCAAGCGCAGCAUCGCGGCCGCCCCUUCUGCAGCGGCCGGGAAGAAGAAACGGAAAGCUGUCAAGGCUGUCGCCGAGGCUGCCAAGACUGGCGGCCGGCAACCCGGCACGUCCUCAUCGGACGCUCCUGCGACCACGAGCUCUGCGCUGCCCGAGUCCGACACCGCCACUUCGUCGGUCGAGCGCGAGUCAGCCACGACGUACUCCUCGUCGUUCCUCGUCUGGCUGAGCGACGACGACAGCACCGCACCUUGCACAUCAGCGCCCCGCGCGGCGACCUCGUCGGCGUCAGUACCCAUUCCGGCGGGGCCUUCCGGCACGCCCAAUCCUGUACAGGCUGCACCGUCAGCAUUCAGCCUCGACACCUCCCUGGAGGAGUUCAGCGGUAGGCUGUCGGCACCAGCCCCGCAACCUUUGUCGGCCCCGCGGCCGCCAGCGGCUCCAGCCUUCGCACCUGCCUCGUCGCUGGAGAGCAAGCUGGAUCGGCUCUUUGCAAUGGCCGGCACCGACUCCAGCACCACGCCAGCGAAGGUGGCAGUGACGCUAGUGGCGCCCUCGGGUCCGCUUCCCAGCCCCGCGGACGCGGGUAAAGGGAGAAUACUACCCUCCGCAAGCGACCGACUCGCAGCGCAUCGACUGUACAAGACAUUGAGCUCCGGGGCAGAGCUGCGUGAGCUCGAGUUUGUGCGCUUCGAGGUAACCCCCCCCACCGUGUUGAUGGCUCUGUACAGCGCCCGUCAAGGCAACCGUGGUCUAACGAUCAUGUACUUCAGGCCGUUGACGGAGAUGGAACAGCUUCACCGUGGUUCAACGAACGCCAAGUUUGCGCUAGACUUCGGGGCUGGUGCCGUACUGGCAGUGACGACACCUCAGUGCGCGACCUAUGAAGAUCUGCUGGCUGCAAUCAGCGGGCUUACCUCCUUUGGUGACGCGCUCUUCUAUGAUCACGUACGCCGCCUUACAUCUCGCUUGAAGCGAUUCGUAUUGGCCAACAUGGAGAGAGACACGAACACACCGGAACGCGUCACGCUGACCCUCCUGUACGUCAACAACUACCUCGGCCGGGCCAUGGCCCAUCUCGUUGAAGACUUGCCUGACUGGUGGCGCAAUUACUGUGAAGCCGUGCGUGCCGUGGAUUACCACGCGGCGGAUUGGCAAGCGGCCCUCAAUGGUUUGGCGCUUCGCCUCGCCCGCCCACAAGCCUCCGAGGCAUCGCUCCGGCCGGCCGCGUCCCGAUCAUGCCGGACCAUGUACGCCGCCAAAUCCCUCGCGAUGCCGACGGUCGCGAGCCUUGCCUCCGGUACUUCAGCGGCGGUAUUUGCUACGGUGGGAGCGCUGAACGCUGCGCGCAUUCCCGACGCACGCACCGCUUUGACCGCCGGCAGCCCCGCGACGUCCAAGACUUUAUUGACCGCCACUACGGCCCUGGUUUGGGGUCUCGCGCGGCAGCGUGUCAAGAGAACCGCUCCGACUCCCGCAAUGACGCUAGUGCAGACUCCCGGCGUGGGCGUCAGUGAGGGCGCCUAG